AUGUGGAAGUCAUCGGAAGAUGGGAUGAGUAAACUGUCAAAGCCUAGGAAGGGAUCCUCGAGCUUAAAACUUUCUGAUACAAAACGUCGCCCAAGCAUCUUGCGCAAAGAGUCGAAGGAACCAGAGAGCCGAACUGAUUCAGAUGUAGGAAAUGGUACAGUGCUAGGUGGUCAUUUAGAUUUGAAAAGGAGGUUUAGUUUGAAAGAUGCUGUCCGUAGGAUAUUCAGCAGUAAGCAAGCUACUGAAAGUCCAAAGAUACAGCAACAAAACACCAUCUCACCGACCCAAAUGAACAGCAGUACUCAAUACCAGGUCGAUGGAAUAUCCUUGACCCAUAGUCCCAUAGUCCGAGAGUCUGAAAUAACACGGAUGAGCGGGGAGCAACCAAACGGGCAAAACGAAACUAGCGGCGAGACUCCAUAUCCCGAACUGGCUGCUCCCCGGCGGGUUUUAUCGAUCGUAUCAGAUUCUUCUGCUUCGGCCGUUUCAAAUGACUCUGUGAAUAUUGCCUCGACCGUCUUACUUUCGCCUCGUCCGAUUCAUCAUAUAGAUAACCAGCAUCAAUAUCCAAAGCAAGAGGGGAAAAGGGUGCUUUUUGAAACCGAUAUUUCCCUUCUAUUCGAUGGUGCACCGAUAUUUUCCGUAGAUGAAUCUCAAGGAACAUAUGGCCAACCUUUCGUUCGGUUUUCAGAGAACAAGCCCAGAAUACCUUCGUUGAAUCCAUCAUCGUGCGAUGAUGCAUCGCAGAUCGAUCAUCAUGCAUACCGAGGCUAUAGUAACCGGAACAUACAGGGGAGAAGCCCGACAGAUUCAGAACACCAUUGGUUGAAUGGUCCCACUGAAACACCUUCUAUGGCUUCGUUUUGUGGGUCUGAGCCCGGAAGUACUGGGUGGGAGUAUUUUUUAGAAGCGCAGGCUGUGGACUAUGAGGUACAAGAAGGCAAUACCAGCGGGGAGAUCGAUGAAUACGGAGUUGAAUUUCAACCGCCCGAUUCGAUAGGGGUAAGAUCAAUUGACUCAACGACCCUAGUUGACCGAUUACGAGAUAUUGGGAAAUUUCACGGCCAGGCUUACAGCCUAGACAAUGAUGUUGAUAUCGAGGCUCGCUUUUUAUACGGAUAUCUUUUUACCAAACUACUAUACCCUGCACGAAAGCCCCCAGAAACAAUUGACCCACGCGAGUAUAGUCUCGAGAACCAAUGUCAAGAGCUCCUCAAGAUACUAGAAGCAAGGCAUGUUUGGCUCGAUUUCAGUCGACCCGAGGAGCGCAUCAGACUGGGAUAUAUCCUAUAUGGAAACGCUGGUGAGAAGCUGCUUCUUGUCCUCCAGAUUCUCCUAAGUUGUGAACUUUGGUUACGGCUUAAGCUUCUACACCGUUAUCAGCCUGAGAGGCUAAAGCUAGGAUCCUUGUAUUUCACGCCUAAAGUUAACUGGGACCUCACUAUUGCUGAAAAAUGGCUUGCAAAUGUCCGAAUUGUAGAACGACCUUUCACACCAAAUUUCGAGAUGUUGACAAUCCCUCAAACCCAAAACGUUUCGAGCUGGCAUCGAUUCUUUCUAACGGAUUCGGUUUCCAUAGAGGAUGCAGAGGAUCCCCAAGAGGUAGAUACUUACGAUGCAUUUUUCGUCCCUCAACAUCUAGAACGGCAGCUCGAUGGACUUUUACAUUUCGCUCGCAAAAUCGAUUGGCCCGGUAUUGAAAUACUAGAAGGGGUCAUAAGAGAUCGGCUUCGGAACCCAACCGGACGGCAUACACCUAGCAGUAUGCUAGGAUAUAGAACGCCAGGGAACUCACCUGGUAAAUUGACACCACGAUCAAUUGGGGGGACAGCUGGAAGCUCACACUUCGGAUACUUUGCAAGUAAACAUACGUCUUCCGCUAUAGUACGAAACAUGGGCGAAGGGGGAUGGCUUUCCAGGGCCUAUAUGGCGGGGUUGGUUCUUCCCGGUGAAGGUCUAUCCCAUCUUUUGAUGGGCUGCUUACUCGAGAACGAUACCCUCGCUCUGAAUGAAGUCGGUGAGAAUGGAAGCAUGUACGGUGGCAUAAUUCGCAGAACAUUGGAAUCGCCUGGAAGCACCGCUUCAUGGUGGAGUAUGAACAAUAUUGUCGGAAAGGUUUUGGCUACACGGACAUCUCGAAGCUAUGCCGGAUGGGUUGGAAAGUGCGUUGGAGUGUACACAACCGAAGAUACAACAACCAGCGAUCUAACGGUUUUGACUGCAGUAGCGGGCGCUGCUAAGUUGGUUCGGAGUAUCACAAAAAAUGCCAUGGGAAGUCAACAGAGGGAAGGAAUGAAGCUCGCAGAACCGAUAGGUUGGGUUGAUGUUAUCACAGACCGUCGACAAACGAAGAAAUGGGUUCCUAGGCUACUGACGCCGGGGCGUGUGGAGCCCGAAUCAAGUUUUCUAGGCCCCGUUCACCUUUCUGAUUGCUCGGUAGGGCCGGAAGAACUUCGAUAUCCAGAAAUCCUCCCAUCACAGGAUAUUAAAAUACAAAUCAUGGGGUUGAGGUUUUGGGGUGCUGGUGCCUUGGAAUACACGACGAAUCUCCCCGAGUCGGGACAUGGUUAUUAUACACCGAAGGAGUGGGAUCCGUCUCACGACAUGACCCCUGCUUACCGAGUGGACGUUAUGUUCCGGGUGCCCAUUGCUGACCCAUCUGCCGCAAGCUGUUUCGACAGCGUAGACGGGGAUAUCAUCGGCAUACUUCUGAAAUACGAGUCUUCCUUCGUUACUUCUUAUCCCUGUCAUUUGCCCAACCCUGCAGAGUCCCUUGAACUUAAUAAAUUGCUAUUCGAAAGCAAUCUGACACGAGCACGAACUACGGCACAUCCAAUCCACCACUCCUACAAGUUUAAAGUUGUGGAAGCAACAAAACUACCGGAACACUCGCCGGCUCGACGUAAUGGACGCGAAGACAAGGGCUAUUUUGUCACAGUAAUUAAUGCAAAGUUAAAGGGCGUAGGGCAGGACCUUUACGUCUACGCAAAAGCUUGGUGCUCCAGGUGGGGAGUAGAUGCUAUCAUUUCCCGAGAAAACCGUACCUGUCUUUCUUGUGCGAUUCGGGAAGCAUAUGCUCUUGCGGUUGAUGUUGUAAUUGAUGUCAAUUGA